AUGGGGGUGUAUUCCAGGCGUCCAGCACUGCACCGUCGCCACGUCUGUUUGGUUUUCGGUCUGAUCUCUGUGAUCUCGGGGCCCCGGGGAACGGCGGGUCGACUUCCAGGUCCCGUCCCUUUUCACCAUUUUCCGCCUAUCUGUACGCAUUGUGACCUUGCGGUUGGAUGUACCACUUCGUCGCUUGACCCUUAUUUUCUAUUUCUUAUUUUCCUUCAAUUAUUUGUCUUCGUCCGUUUCCAUGUUGCCCUCCGUUAUCUUGGAAUCGCUAUCGGCAACGUCAUUCUGCAAAGUUGUGGUUUCCGUUCGUUCACCUACCAGAAUCCCGGUAGUUCGGUCCACAACCUCAAGUGCGCUGCAUGGUACACAACAGUGUGUUCUCCAUACGCGCACUCUUGUUGGUGGAAUCCCCAUCUGCUGCAGAAACCCCAGAUGUCUUGCUUGUCAUCAUAUCGCAACUUCAAAUCCCCGAUGCCAUCCGUGACUCCUAAUUCAGUUAUGGGAAACUGA